GGCUAUUGGCAUCUUGUUCUAGGCACCCUCCUCUCUCUACCCUCCCUCCUUCCUGGUUGCUUUUGUCUUUUUUUUUUUUUUUUGGAAUUUCAGGCUCAUUUUAUGGAGUUUCGGCCCCUCUCUGCGUCAGCCCCACGUCACUUUGCCAGCAGCUCCUGAGCUUGGGCUCGAGCAGGAGCCUGGGCUGCUUUAUUAUCAGCUGGAGGAAGGAGACGGUGCGUAAAGGGCAGAGCCAGGAGCCGCGAGCCCCCCGGCAGCAGCAGCGCGCCGAUUGCUCUCCCCCAGGCAGCAGUAGCGGCCGGAGCAGGCAGCGCCCCCGCAGCUCCGCCGCCUCCAGUGCUCGCCCCGAGCGGCCCCGGGCAGGCGGCGGGGAGCGGAGGCGUCGCUCCUGCCCGGCCCAGCGCGCCCAUGUGAGCCCAGCCGGGGCCGGCACCGGCACCGAGCCCUCCCGCAGCAAGAUGCCCGAGUCCCAGCCGCUCUGAAGCGCCCAGGAGGCUCCGCACACGCCGGGACGGUCGCUGGAGGAGGCCGUCGGGGCAGCGGGCAGCGCUGGAUUGAUCGGGGCAGCAUGGUGUCCUGGCGCAGGAGGUGGCAGGGGCCCGGCCUGGCCCGGCUCUGGGGCUUCUGCUGCCUGGUGCUCGGCUCCUGGAGAGCUUUGCUCGCCUGCCCGGCGCCUUGCACAUGCAGCGCCUCGCGGAUCUGGUGCAGCGAGUCCGCGCCGGGCAUCGUGUCCUUCCCGGUGCUGGAGAGAAGCGCCGAGCGGGAGAACAUCACCGACAUUUACAUUGCAAACCAGCGGAAAUUAGAAAGCAUCAAUGACAAUGAAGUUGGACUUUAUGUUGGACUGAAAAAUCUAACCGUGGUGGAUUCAGGCUUAAAGUUUGUGGCCCGUCAGGCAUUUCUGAAAAACACCAACCUGCAGUACAUUAAUUUCUCCAGAAACAAGCUCUCCAGUUUGUAUAAGAAGACUUUCCGCCAUCUGAAUUUGUCUGAUCUGAUUCUAGUGGACAAUCCAUUCAAGUGUUCCUGUGAUGUUAUGUGGAUCAAGAUAUUUCAGGAGACCAAGUUUUCUAACCCAGAAACUCAGGAUUUUUACUGCAUAAAUGACAACAACAAGAGGAUACCUCUUUCGGACAUGCAGAUCCCCAACUGCGGCUUGCCCUCAGCGAACUUGAGUGUUUAUAACCUCACUGUUGUGGAAGGAAGGAGCACUACACUGUACUGCGAAGCUACUGGGGUGCCAUCUCCCAAUGUAUCCUGGGUUGUCGCUAAUCUUGUUUCAAAACAUGAGAGUAAUACAAGUAAGAAUCCUGCUUCCCUAACCAUAAGGAAUGUUUCAUCUAAGGACAGUGGAAUACGGAUUUCAUGUAUAGCAGAAAAUAUUGUGGGAGAAGACCAAGCUUCUGCUGACCUUGUGGUGUUCUUUGCACCAAAUAUCACAUUUAUUGAACCUCCAACCCCGGACCACCACUGGUGCAUUCCAUUCACUGUGAAAGGGAACCCCAAACCCUCAUUGCAGUGGUUCUAUGAAGGGGCUAUACUGAAUGAGUCUGAAUACAUCUGUACUAAAAUACACGUUAGCAAUCAAAGUGAAUACCAUGGCUGCCUUCAGUUGGACAACCCUACCCAUUUGAACAAUGGUGCUUAUACCUUACUGGCGAAGAAUGAGUAUGGAGAAGAUGAAAAAAGGGUUGAUGCUCAUUUCAUGUCAAUGCCUGGGGAUGGUAGUGGCCCAAUCCUGGAUCCUGAACUUUAUGAUUAUGAAACCACGCCUAAUGAUAUUGGGGACACCACGAAUAACAGUAAUCAAAUCACUUCUACGGAUGUUUCCAACAAAGAGAAUGAAGAUAGCAUCACUGUGUAUGUUGUGGUGGGGAUUGCAGCAUUAGUGUGCACUGGCCUAGUGAUAAUGCUCAUUAUUCUGAAGUUUGGAAGACACUCCAAGUUUGGGAUGAAAGGUCCUUCUUCAGUUAUCAGCAAUGAUGAUGAUUCGGCAAGUCCCCUCCAUCACAUUUCGAAUGGGAGUAACACUCCAUCAUCUUCUGAGGGCGGCCCAGAUGCUGUCAUCAUUGGAAUGACAAAGAUUCCUGUCAUUGAAAACCCCCAGUACUUCGGAAUCACCAACAGUCAGCUCAAGCCUGACACAUUUGUUCAGCACAUCAAACGACACAAUAUUGUUCUAAAAAGAGAGCUGGGAGAAGGAGCCUUUGGGAAAGUCUUCUUGGCCGAGUGCUAUAACCUUUCUCCAGAACAGGACAAGAUCUUAGUGGCGGUGAAGACACUGAAAGAUGCCAGUGAUAAUGCUCGGAAAGACUUCCACCGAGAGGCAGAAUUGCUGACUAACCUACAGCAUGAGCACAUUGUGAAGUUUUAUGGCGUGUGUGUGGAAGGUGAUCCACUCAUCAUGGUUUUUGAGUACAUGAAGCACGGAGAUCUGAAUAAAUUCCUCAGGGCACAUGGACCAGAUGCAGUACUGAUGGCAGAAGGCAACCUUCUAGCUGAGCUGACCCAGUCCCAGAUGUUGCACAUUGCCCAGCAGAUUGCAUCCGGCAUGGUUUACUUGGCAUCACAGCACUUUGUGCAUCGUGAUCUUGCCACCCGGAACUGCCUGGUUGGUGAGAACUUGCUGGUGAAGAUUGGAGAUUUUGGAAUGUCCAGAGAUGUGUACAGUACUGAUUACUAUAGGGUUGGUGGUCACACCAUGUUGCCCAUUCGUUGGAUGCCUCCUGAGAGUAUCAUGUACAGGAAGUUCACCACAGAAAGCGAUGUCUGGAGCUUGGGGGUCGUUUUAUGGGAAAUCUUCACCUAUGGCAAACAGCCAUGGUAUCAGCUCUCAAACAAUGAGGUGAUCGAGUGCAUCACUCAGGGCCGAGUUCUGCAGCGACCUCGUACGUGCCCAAAGGAAGUGUACGACUUGAUGCUGGGUUGUUGGCAACGGGAGCCUCACAUGAGGCUCAACAUCAAAGAAAUCCAUUCCCUCCUUCAGAACUUGGCCAAGGCUUCUCCAGUUUACCUGGAUAUUCUAGGCUAGAGCCUCCUAGCAUUUCCUCUUAUGGGCUGCGUGAAUGAAUGUGUUCAACGGCCGCUGAACUCCAUCAAAAUAUGUUCUUAACUCUGACAGUAGUAAUGACAAAGAUGCGGAGAAGCUUUCAAAGGGCAAGCAAUGUGCACUUCUCCAUCUGUAGACACAGUAUUGACUUUUUUGACAUUAUUGAAACGUAUCUCUUUUCUCUUUCUGUUUCUCUCUUUUUUUUCUCUCUCCUAUUCAAUCUGGCUUCUGCGUUAUUGUAACUCUGCAUAGACAAAGGCCUUAAAAACCUGAUCUGUUAUAUCAGCAGACACUCCAGAUUGCCCACCACAACUAACAAUGCCUUGUUGUACUCAUGCCUUUGAUGUGGAUGAAAAAAGGGAAAAAAAUAUUUGACUCGAACUUUGUGACUUCUGCUGUACAGAUACCGGGAGUUCCUCUUGAUUCACCUCUACUUUUUUUGCUUCGGCGUGUGGGUGGAAAAAGAAGAUUGGUGUUCUCUAUGGGAAGCUUAUUUCUAGUUGAGAUAAAGCCAGAUAGAAAGAAAACAGCAUUGUGUGAUCCACUAUAUGGAAGAACCAUGGGAUUAGAUGGCAUCCAACCCCGCUCAAAACACUGAAAUGAUUUAAUGGAAGGAAAGGAUUCUGUGCUUUCCUCUGGGAGCCUGUCUGAGGAGUAAAGGGAUUGUUUAAAGAGUGUGCUUGGUUAGCAUUUUUCAUCAUCACAUCCAGUACUAUGGUCUAUGGUAAAAAGAAAAAGAUGCUUCCUGCAUUGCACUAGAUUACACAACACUAUGAUAAGCUAAAUACAAUCCCUCAACUUGUCUUAGAGUAGGAUAUUGUGAUAGCACUGGUAUAAAAGUGUUCUCCAGCUAGCCUUUGGUAAUACAGGCUGAAGCUAGGCUGAUUAAUGUACAGUGUGCAUUUCAGGGUCAAGUGUUGAAGCUGAGGACUUUGAUCAGACAAGACAAGCUGUAGAUACUGUGCUUGUCAGGCAGCAUAUUCCUACUGCUCUCCCUCUCCAGUCCCGUUUUUUCACUGUGCAAGCAAAAUUGUGCAUGGUCUUCGUCGAUUAAUGCCCUUUGUGCAGAAACUAUUGCUCAUCUUGUUGUACACCCUAAUAGGAAUAGCAAAUCCAUAAAGGUAUAACAUAUAUUUAAUUAGAGGGAGCUAAUGGAGGUCAUUAGCUACAUUCAGAUGUCUUUACAUUGUUACAGAUAUGAUACUACGCAAAUAAUCUAAAACAUGGAAAUAGUAGAUUAUGUUUGAGCCAUGGCAGGGGAUGAUAGAAUUAAGGCCCUGGAGACAGCUAGGUGUGAUCUUGCGGUUAUCACUUGACAUUAUAGCAUAUAGACCCUGAGUUCAGCACCAAUUUCUGGUUGAUAUAGUGGUGUCAUUCCCAGCAUCCACUGUUCUGUAAUUUAUUUAUUUCUGGUUGGAAAGGCAUUGUGUGCGUACAGUAUAUGCAUGACCACUGUGCUGAUG